UCGCCUACAACAUUUGAGUAUUUGUAAUGCCCUCAGUGGCACUACCCGCUUACAGGCGGCGGCAUUAGUAAAUAUUUGCUUGAUUGUUGCAGUUGGCAGCAGGACAACUCUUUCAUGGCUUCUCAAUGGCCAGUUACGUAGUCUUCGAUUAAGGACUGAGUUUUUAAGGUUGAAGAGCGUGUAAUAAUCAAAAUAGUUAUAAUUAUGGAUACUGUGACGUAUAUCUGACAGGUGUCUGCUGGAAUGUUCGUGUUAGAUGCCAUCAAAUUUCAUAAGGAGGCACAGAGAUGGCACAAUUACUAAAAAUAACAAAGAAAUCGUGUUUGAAGGUUUUUCGUAAAUUUUCACCCCUCAAACCUGUGUCCGCGCAGAAGCUUGAAGAAGAAUAUGAAAUUACCAGUGAUCAGCCCGAUGGCGUUUCGCGAUAUGAUGAUCUUUCAACAACACUACCGCAAUACCCGCCAAAAAACGAGAAUAAAGAUGGAAUACUUAAUGUUAAAGAAACUGAAACCGUCCAAACCAUCGGCACUACAUCGACAUGUGAGGCUUACGCACAAAAUUCAAACUCAACCAAUCUUGAAUAUAACGUGUUUCAAAGUCUGACAACACGACUUUUUUUAAACUCGACCGACGGCUAUGAAUUUCAACGCUUAGAGCAACUGCGCAGCGACAGUGUCUCCGAAGAAAUGGCAAAUGAACCCGAGCUCGAACCCACUGUACAUGAUAUUGUCUUCGAAAAAGUUCCAUACAAAAAACACGUGCGCUACUUUCGUCGCACUCCGUCCACUUUGAGCUUAUGUGAUGCUGACGACUGUGAACAUAAUGAGAGCAAACUAACCGAUUAUCCAUUUAUUGAUCCACCAAAACGAACUCAAAAUGCUGCAGUUAUAAAACGCAACAACAACACCGAUAGCGGCAUGCGUCAAACACCAAUCGUGCAGUCAAUGCCACAGAAUGCACCCUCAUAUGUGCCUAUGAAUGUUAUGAACUUGGAAAUUAAGAAUCCUGGAAAAUAUGAAAGCGUUGUUAUCGCAGAGCAGCGUGACCGCUUCGACAAAUUAAUGCCCGUUGUUAAAUGGGAUAUCAAUGGAAAUUCGUUGGAUGAUGAUUUUUAUAUAGAUGACAGUUGGAAUGACUCUGCAGAUAUAAAUUGGAAUAAUGCAAGCGAAAAAAGAGUUUCUCAAUUUAAAUUGGACACUGAAUCACAGAAGUCCAGCUUUCGCUCAAGCUCGACAACACUGGAGACAUGGGUGGAUGAGGACGUACUGGGCAGCUCCUUUAAUGAACGGCGCCUAUUUGCGACUAAUCUAUGCCGGUCUAAAGUGUGAGAUACUCGUACAUAUAUACAUAUGUAUGUAUGUAUACGUGUAUAUAAACACACACAAACAUGAUGUUGUGAAUCGAUUGUAUUAUCUAAUAGUGAAUACAAGUAUUUAAUAGUAUUUAUUGGUUAACAUUGUUAAUAUACAAUAUUUACCUGCAACGCAUAUACUCGAAUAGCUUAUAUUUACAUCAAAACUUUGUACGAAUACUUACGUAUGUAUCUAAGAAUGAAAUUGUGUCUUAAAUUAAGCAAUAACAUAUAAUCACGAUAUAUUAAAUACAUAUUUUUC